CAAGUUCAGUGUUUCAACUACGCUCGUCCGGUUCGGAGUUGCAAAACUCGAAAUCUCUUUCUUGUGUUGUGUAAGAAGCCUCUUGAAUCCUUGCUUUCAUUCAGUCCGAGUGACCAUUCUCAGUGCAUCUAAACAGAAGUAAAGGAAGUGUGUAACAUGUGUGAUUAAUUUUUUUUUCGCUACCCGUGUUCAAGUGCAAGUUCGCAUUUCGCAAACGACUUAGUGCCCUAGAAUCAGAACGCGUUCGGUUUGUCACUUGUGUGCGAAAGAGCCAAUGUAGAAUCGAGGAAGGACAUAAGUGGCAAUGCAACUGCCCUAGAUGCACCGCCGAUGGAAGCUUGCUCAAUCGUUUCGGUGAAUCGAUAGAAUCGAACACUUGAAAGGCGAUUUGGAGGCUUGGCAGCAGUGCAUCGAGGAAAUAUAGGAACCAACCCAUACCAAAUACGUUGUUGAAAGUUGUUAAGCCAAAGGCAGUGACAGCCCAAAAAUGAUCACCAUGGAUGUGCGCGAUAAUUUUACGGAUAUUUCCUGGGCUUCGAAUUACAUAAUGAAGAUGGCGCUGGACGAGUAUCAGACGGAACAGAACUGGACCCGUCUGGUUCAUCAGUACUGGGAGCUGGUGGAAGAUUUGAUUGGAGACCCCCGAGCAAAGAACCUCCCGUUCAUGGACAAUCCUCUGCCAACGCUGACGAUGAUCGGAACCUAUCUGGCCUGGGUGUUGAUUGUCGGACCGACCUAUAUGCGGGACCGGAAGCCGUUGCAGCUAACCAGCACCUUGUUCUACUACAAUCUUUUUCAGGUGUUCCUGAGUGCCUAUAUGUUUGUUGAGCAUCUGCUAGCGGGAUGGGCCCGUGGGUACAGCCUCACAUGUGAACCGGUCGAUUACGGAGAUGGAGUUUUAUCCAGGAGAAUGUUCAACCUGUGCUACAUCUACUAUCUUUCGAAGCUGAGCGAGUUUGCCGACACAAUCUUUUUCGUGCUGAGAAAAAAGAAAUCACAAAUCUCGUGGCUGCAUCUUUACCAUCAUUCGCUGACACCCAUCGAGGCAUGGAUUUUGACAAAGUUCUUGGCAGGAGGAAACGCCACCUUGCCGAACAUCAUCAACAAUUUUGUGCACACCUUGAUGUACUUUUAUUACUUGCUCUCGUCGAUGGGACCUCGCUAUCAGAAGUACCUCUGGUGGAAGAAGUACAUGACCGAAAUUCAGAUCGCUCAAUUCAUCAUCUGCAUUGCCCAUGCCAUCAAUGCGCUCGUUUCGGAUUGUGCAUUUCCCAAGUUUAUCACCGCGCUGCUGCUGCUGAAUGCUGUCAUAUUUUUCGUGCUGUUUAUGGAUUUCUACAUUCAAAACUAUCGACGGUCGGCGGCCAAAGCGAAGGCCACUGACGAGGCCAAAAAGGCGCUGCAGGUUUUGGAAAAUAACAACACCUUGGCGCCGGCGGAAGGAUUCAUCGAGCGAAGGCCGGCGGAGUUGAAGAAAACGGAAUGAUUCUGGGAUAUCGUAUUUAAUUUAAGGAGAAACCUGUACAAAAGUCUGAUGAAAUUUACGAAUGGUCCCGGCGAUGGGGUCAUUUUGUACUGUACAUAACACAAUCACAAACCAUUUACGAGAACAAGCUUUUCUACGAUUAGUUGUAAUAACAGAGUUACUAAACUUGAUCCUAGAGCUUAAGUGGAUACGUUAACAUUCGCUGUUGUAAGCUAAGACUGUGUGCCUUAUUUUGGGACAAAAUUUAUUCUUGCUCAAUAUUUUCUUGAUCUAUUGGUUGUAAAUAAAGAUAAAAUAUAACACUUACUUGUACUUUACAUGAGCUAAGAAAAAGUUUCUGAAAUUAAAACAAAUCCGAUAAGAAUUUCGACAAAUAAACAAGUGGAAUACAUUCAGUGCUCUGCCGUGUGUUUUUGUA